UCGGUCAGCUGUUUUCUUCAUAAGUUGAGAUUUCUUAGCUGUUAAAAAAAAGGGCCACAUUCUUAAUUAUAUUGAAAAGUUGCUUUUAAUAUAUUAUUCUGUGUAUAUUUCCGUUUCCUUCUGCCGAACUAGUUGCGUUUCGUUGUGUUUGUUUUAACAUAUACAAAAUGGCUUCGGUUGAAGAUGUUGAUGUAAAUUUACAAGAGUCAGCGCCUGUGCGUCGAUCGAAAAAUGUGGCGAAGCGUGGUCGAAGCAAGAAGAGGGGCGCAGCGACAGUGUCCACCAGAGCCACUCGGUCCAAGAAGGUGUUGUCGAGCUCUAUGGACUCGGAGGAGGAAGAGGAGGCAGAGGAAACAUCUCAAAAUGAUGUAGAGGCUCAAGAUGAUCAGGAAGUUGGACGCGACCUUGAUUCGUCUGAUGAGUCCAAGAACACUGUUGUUGAAAACGAUGUAAUAAAAAAUGGAGUGGAAGAAACUGCAUCUCCUGAAAUUAAGACAAAACCUAAAGAAAUAAAAUCAGAAAGUGGUCUUACGGAAGAAGAUGAUGCAGAGGUUACGACCAAGUCGAGAGGCGAGACUGGUCCUGAGGUGGAUCUCGCUAAUGUAGAAAGUGAGACAAAGGUGAAAGUUGAAGCAGACAAGACCAUUAGUGCAAGUAAUGAAACUGAAUGUGUCAAAGCAGAAUCAACUGUAGAAAGUGAAGUCCCCAAGUCAGAUGCAAAGAUAGCUAGCAAUGAUGACGAAGCAGAUGAGGGAGUAGUUGUAGAAAAAGAUAAGAAGGCUGCUGAGAAGACGGCAGAAAAGUCUAUUGUCAAAGAAGAGAAAACCGCUGCUGUAUAUGUAAUCCCUAUAGAGGAUGAUGUAGCUAUGAUUAAAGAAGGUGUGUCUACAUCUGAUGAGAAUGCUGCUAGCACCAAAGUUACUGUCACUGUGAAAGAUGAGUCUGCCACUGUAGAAGAUAAGCCCAUCACUGUGGAAGAUAAGUCUGCCACUGUAGAAGAUAAGCCCAUCACUGUGGAAGAUAAGUCUGCCACUGUAGAAGAUAAGCCCAUCACUGUGGAAGAUAAGUCUGUCAUUUUAGAAGAUGAGGCUGUGCCUGGAGAAAAUAAGUCUGCUGACAACAAGUCUGUCAGUGCAGAAGAUAAGACUGCCAUUACUAAAGCCAAAAAUAAGUCUGCUGCUGAGCGCAAGAUGACAGAUGCAGAUGAUACUGGAGAUGUGACGAUGAUUGGCAAGGAAAAAGUUUCACCUCUAGUACCAUCAAAGAAGAAACAAGUCUCGUCUGAAGGUGGUAGUAGUGAAAAACAAAAUGGGGCCAAGCCCGUCGACUCGUCAAGCGCGGGGAGCCCCAUGGACGUGGACGGGAGCCAGUCCGCGGAGACGCCGGCCGGCGGCAGGAAGGAGCGCGAGCAGUCCCCCGAGGCGGGAGACAUGAAGAACGCCAGCAUGGACGACAUGACGGUGAUCGACGAGGUCGACGACGAGGGGGACGAGAAGGAGGAGGGCGGCAAGGCGGGCGAUAAAACUCACACGCAGCUGGACGACACGGAGAUGGUGUCGGAGGACGAACUGCCGACGGAGACCGCGAAGGAGCCGGAGACAGAGGCCGUGUCGGACGAGGAGCUGCCGGAGCCGGCGGCGUCGGGAGACCUGCCCGAGACGGAGGAAGUGUCCGAGGACGAGCUCCCGCCGGAGAAAACCGAGAAGAAGAAGAAGGAUUCCAAACCGGCGGCACCAGUCGAGCCAGACAAAGCAUCAGAACAAGCAAAGAAGAAAAGGAAGAGCAGAUUUGAAGCUCAGAAGAGGAAGCUAGCUGAAGGGGACACAUAUGAUCCCAGCUCACCAACAUCCGAAAAUAGCUGUGACGAGACUCCUUCGGCCAAGAGAGCCGCCUUGUCAUCCGGAAGCACGGACGGCAAAGUGAAACAAUCUGUUAAAGGUCGUAAAACUCUUCCAGAACUGGAGAAAUAUUGGAAAGCGGUUAAGGAAGACGCAUCUGAUUUCACAGGAUGGACAUAUCUUCUUCAAUACGUGGAUCAGGAGAAUGACAUUGAUGCUGCUCGCGAGGCAUACGAUGCAUUUCUUUCCCACUAUCCGUAUUGCUAUGGAUACUGGCGCAAGUAUGCGGACUACGAGAAGAGGAAAGGCAACAAGGAGAAAUGCGAGGAGGUGUUUGAUCGUGGUUUGAAAGCAAUCCCGCUCAGCGUGGAUCUGUGGAUCCAUUACCUGCACUACUGCAAAACAGCAUUUGCAGAUGAUGAGGAGUUUCUUCGAGCACAGUUCGAAAGAGCUCUCACUGCAUGUGGGAUGGAAUUCAGAUCCGACAGGCUCUGGGAGAGCUACAUCAAGUGGGAGACGGAGGGCAAACGACUGCAGAACGUCACAGCUAUUUACGAUCGUCUUUUAAACAUGCCAACCCAAGGUUACACGUCACAUUUUGAGAACUUCCAGGAGCACGUGAGCAGCAACGCCCCGCAGAAGGUGCUGUCGGUGGACGAGUUCCUGUCGCUGCGCCGCGAGGUGCUGCAGCUGCUGAAGCAGUAUGACUCGCCCAAGGCGGAGGAGGCGGCCCCCGGCGAGGAGGUGGAGGCCCCGCCCGGCGAGGAGCCCGAGGAGAUGCCUUCCGUGAGCGAUGAGGAGACAACAGCUCUGAGGGAAAGAAUUGUUUCGUUGCGACGAAAAGUUCACAAGGCCACCGUCGCUGCUGUGGCUGACCGAUGGAAUUUCGAAGAAGGCAUCAAGCGACCCUACUUCCACGUGAAACCACUGGAGCGAUGUCAACUAAAAAACUGGAAGGAAUAUCUUGAUUUUGAAAUAGAGAAAGGAGAUAAAGAACGUAUUGUCAUAUUGUUUGAGAGAUGUCUCAUUGCCUGUGCUCUUUAUGAAGAGUUUUGGCUUAAGUUUGUGCGUUAUCUUGAAAAUGAAAAAGACGAGGACAUGGUCGACAAAAUAAGAGAUGUAUACGAGCGUGCUUGCACGAUCCAUCAUCCAAAAAAGCCAAACCUCCACUUACAUUGGUCCGUGUUUGAAGAAAGCCACAAAAAUUUUGACAAAGCUGCGGAGAUCCUGACUAACUUGGAGAAGGCUGUGCCGAACCUGGUCCAGGUGUCAUACCGACGCAUCAACCUCGAGAGGCGGCGUGGAAAUCUAGACAAAGUGUGUUCCUUGUACGAGCACUACAUCAACGGCUCGAAGAACAAAGUCAUCGCCAACAACAUGGCAAUCAAGUACGCCAGGUUCUGCUGGAAAGUGAAGGGCGACGUUGAGAGAGCCAUUUCCAUUUUGAACAAAGCGCUGGAGAAAGACAAGGAGAAUCCUCGUUUGUACUUGCAGUUAAUAGACAUGGGCAUGCAGAGGUCCACGUUGGAUGAAGCGGAGAUAAUAUCCACAAUAGACUUGUUCCUCAGCAGGGACGUGGACCCCGAACAGAAGGUUUUGUUUGCCCAGAGGAAAGUCGAGUUCUUGGAAGAUUUCAGUUCGGAUAUCGUCAGUGUUCAGAAGAGCCAUGAUGAAUUUUUACGUUACUGCAAACAAAUAAAAGAUCGGAAGAAGAAGAGUGCUGAUGAGGCAAAAAGCAGCGACAGCGCGUCGAAGAAGGCCAAGCCGAGCGGAGGCAGCGGCGGAGACGCGUCGCUUCACGUGUCACAGUCCCACGCGGGGGCACAGUCCCAGGCCGUGCAGCCGGCCGGCGGCCAGAGCACGGCCGGCCAGUACGCCGCGCAGGGCUACGCUCAGGGCGGCUACUCCCAGGCCCCGCCCGUUCAGGGCAGCUACCAGGGGGGCCAGUACGCCGCUGGGUCCCAGCCGGGGCCCUACGGCCAGGCUGCCUACGGCCAGCAGUACGGCCAGUCCGGGGACCAGAACUACGCCAACUACCAGAACUGGGGCUACUCGCAGACCGGCUACGGCGGCUACAACCAGGGCUGGGGGAACUACAACUACUACUAAAGAGUCCCUUCUCCCGUCACUUGCGGACCGUUUAUCAACUCGUACGGUGUGAUUUUAAAACUCACACUCCGUUUUUUUUUUUUUAUCUCUCUCUGUCUUCAAGUGUGUCUGUGCUGAAAUUUUUUUUUUCCCCCUUCUGUCGAGUUCAAGAGUUCAAACAUUUCCAUAGGCAUUAAGUAAUUCAAUGUGUGUCGUAACAAGUGUGUAUGUGAGUGUAUAUUUUUUUUGUAUUAUUGCUGAAUUUUACACAAAAAAAACUGCUGUAUAAAAA